GGCAACCCUGUAGCCUUAGCCAUAGCCAAGUGUGGGUCCAAUGUUUGUUUUGAUGUAGUUUAUGAAUGUGUUCGUCAGUGUGAGAUCGAGCAAUUUUUUGCGCGUGUUAAUCGUUUUGACGGAAUGUCUGCAUCAUUUACACAGUAUGUCGUGUGCGAGCUGUGCAACAUCAACCAUAAUCUUGGGAAAAAGCAUGUUUAUUCCAGGAAACAUCAGCAAAUAGUGAGCAAUGUGUUGACCAAAUUCGCGAAGAAGAUAGCUGACGCUAAACACUCCAUGAAAACCCCAGAAAUAUAUGACGUGCAAUGGGAACCGGGUGCCAAAGCUUGGUGUUACUUCUGCGUGUCUGAAGUCGAAAAGCACGAAAGAGACAUUGAUUUAGGAAUUGCCGUCAAAUGCCGGUCCUUUUUGUUACACUUAACCAGCUCGGAACACCUGGCAGCGUGCAAGCAUUUCUUCUGGAAGAAUAAAAUCAGUAAAGCGAGGGUGAGCCACUACGUUAUGGAAUCGUCAUUAUUAGACAGGUAUGAAGUAGCAUUGAAGGUUGCGAAAGAAAAAUACCUUCAGAAGGUCGAGGCUCUUCAUAAAAAGGUUGUUGAGGACAUCCGCACCAUGGAAGCCUGUCGAAAGGCAGCCUUUGCUUCUGAGUGGUUGACAUCGCAGUCAGGUUUGCCAGCCAGCUCUACUCAAGCCUUGACAGGUACAGCCACCCAGCCGGGAUGCAGCAGUUGGACAAACAGGCCUGUCAAUGGUCGCCAGGUAACGCAGGCACCUUCUUUGCGACCAAAGGGUAACAUCUUCUCUGGUGCUCGACCGCCAUGGCUGGAUGGAAGCGAUGAUGAUGACGAUGGCACUCUGGAAACAGCUGCACAACCUACGAUAGGCGAAAUAUCAAACAGCCCUAUUGGUCCAUCGGGGGACGACUUCAGGAAGCAAGUGGAAAAAGAAAAGCGCAACAGGCUGAACCCGAACAGAGUUGGGGCAAAUUUCGACCACGACUCUGCGACAUCCGAAGACUGGCUCCCUUCAUUUGGACGUGUGUGGAAUUUUGGCCGGAGGUGGCAGUCCAGGCAUCAGUAUAGGAAGGAAGAAAAGGAGAAACAGCAAAAAUGACAUUAAGUUGUGACACCGUUAUCAAUAAACUGUUUUCUGAAUGUU